AUGGUCAAACCAACUGGCCGCCAGCUCUGGGAGCAGUACGCCCGCCAGAUCCAAAGACUGUAUCACGCCGACGAUCCUCCGCAUCCUAACAGAAACCUCAUCACCGAGGAGCACCUUGGGCGUGCCGCGUUGCUGCAGCCAGAGUUUGAGCUUCUGGCUCCUGUCGAGGGCAGAGACGAUGAGGUUGAGCAGGAGUCCGCAUGGCCCGAAGAGUGGGUGAACCGUAGAUCUCUAAUGGGUGUUUUGAAUCGUAAAGAGUGGAAAACCUUUCCAAUACGCCAUGAGGAGCAGGAACAUCAAGUGAUUCCACAUAUCAUCAACCGGCAACCGUCUCUGAACCCAUGGGAAGAACCCGUUGCACAGUCUACGUCCCAACAACCUGCAUCUGCAACGAAUUCGCACGAGCGCAAGCAUAGUCCACAGUUGCCUCUCGAGGAUUCAGAAUACCCGCUUGAUCGCUCUCACGAUGUCUCCCCGACUACGAGAAAGUCCUUGCCGGACAUGACGAAGAGUAUGUCGAGACUGUCGUUUACCCGUGGCUAUGGCUCGAUUGAUGGACAACUAGAAAGGAUCAUGCUGGGCGGUGAUUACUCGCGAGGCAAGGAGAUGCUAUCUGUGGAUCACCGUGGUUCGCUUGACGAAAGACAAGAUCAAAGCUUGGCUAAAUAUCAGCAGUCUCACAAGGAGGCAGGACCUGCUGAUGAUCAGGGGUCCUCUGGGACUAUCUCUGGAACAAAGCCCUUUGCACAGGAUGACUUGAAAAUGUUCUUGGCUUGGCGGAGGGGCAAACGAAAGCCUCGAUCCGAAAGUGCGUCGUAA